AUGAUGGCUGGCACGAAAAAGGCACCGGGUAAGCCGGAAAAAGCCGCGCCCGGGGACGGUGGGGGUGGACAGGCCGCCGUUGUGAGCUUUAGUCAGAAGAAGAAGAAGAAGCAGCCGAACAAGAAGAAGCCGGCCAAGACCAACAAGCAGUCGAUCAAGCAGCGCGUCCGCGCCGAGGCGGCGGAGAAAUCCCGGCUGUUGCGCAAGGCGAAGCUGGCCAUGCAGAAAAAGAUGCAGCGCGAACGGACGGCUGCUGCUGCUGCCACCGCGCAAGAGGAGGGAGCCGGUGGCGCGAUAACCCUUUCUGCCCCUCCCUCCUUCGAACACGGCUCUGGUAGUGUCGUCCCCGCUCCCCCCCGAGCCAGCCCGGCAAGCCCCGGCAACGCCAGCGGCGCGCGCCGGACGGAGCGGCGCGAGGCCGUCCAUCACGACGUGGAGGUGAAGCUGGGGCAGUGGCGCAGGAAGCGAGCUCGCGAAGAGGCGGGUCUGCCGGGAGACGGCGAACGGCAGUACGGCUCGUGCCCGGCGGGGGCCGGCUACUACGAGCGAAGCGACGGCGGUGGUGGUAUGCAAGGCGGUGCGUUCGGGAGGAGUUCGUUGUCGGCGGGAGGCGGGGGAAGGGGAGAGGCGGGGGACUCUCGGGUCCCGGGAGGCGCGAGGGGAUGCUGGCGCGGCGCGGCGAACGGCGGCGGCCGCUGGCCGGAGGUGUUCAACGCCCCCGCGCCCAGGCGGUCGAUGCCCCGGCCCGGUAGAGCGGGACCUUUCUCUUCGGCAGCGACAGCGACUGCGCGUCCUGGCGGUAGUGGAAGCACCGGUGUAACGAGCGACGCUCGAGCCAGGGACGCGGGAACACGCUGGGUAGCCCCCUGGAUGGUUGGCUUGGUCGAUCGCUUUCCCGGUGGAGCCGCAGGACCGCGCGGCCGUGGUGGCAGGGACGCCGGGCGCGUGGGUCUCGUUGGCAGCGAAGAGGGCGAGGCCGGGCUGUUGCGCGGGGCCUCGGAUGGCGGCGCUCUCCAUUCCCGUGGCCCUGAUGGUAGUGACAUGGACAUCUGUGGCGCUGGUAGCUCGCACGGGAGUUCCGUGAAGGGUCCAGAAGGCGCGGCGGGGGACGGGGGUGCGGAGGGAGGUGGUGAAGGGGGCGGACUAUCCGACCUGCAUCACGAGAUCUUGAGAUUCGAGGACUACGUCUCGCUCACCCCGGCCGAGGUAGCCGCGAGAGAGAACCUGGUGUCGUCGGUCCAAGCAUCCGCGAGGGAGGCUCUAGGCAGCGGGGCGACGGCCCGGGCGUACGGCAGCUACGGGGGAGCGGGCGAUGAGCUUUGUUUCUCCAUUUUCCUCUCGGACGUGGAUAUCAGCGUGAGGCCUCCCGCCGAUCCAAGCAUUGCUCCUCCGCCGCAGGGCAGAAGCAAGCCGCCCGCGAGGAGCACGCUGGGAGGUUUCCUAGACCUUACGAGGGGAUCGGACGACGGCUUCGAGGAAGGGUCGUCUUCGUCAGAUUCGUCGUCGUCGUCUUCCGAUUCCGAUUCCGAUUCAGAAAGCGUCGACGACAGAGCGGGGGCCAACUCGAAGCUAUCCCCAGGCCCGCAAGCAGCGGCGGCCUCAGAUGCGGCGUCGGCAAUCUACGUAGCCUCGUCGGGAUCUGAAUCAGACCGCCCCGAAGAACCUUCCUCCCCUAGUCGCCCACAACAAGGCGGAGGACGUCCCGCAGGGCAGCCAGGCCGUUCUACGGAGAAACAUGCACGAGGAGGAACCAGCACCGGCCCUUCUUCGGGGUGCCACCCCGCUGAUACGGCGGUGCCCCCGCCUGAUCAAUUGGCCGCGUUGUCGGUGACCUCGGCUGGCAAGGCGGGCGACGAUCGUGGGGGUUCCAGCGUAGUAGGCGGUAGCGCACCGGGAGCGGAGGCGUUGGGGUUUUACAUCGACAACCGCCCGGACCCGGCGUUGCAGAAGCUCGCCCUUCGGGAGAGAGAGCGCGCCGCAGAAGGUGGAGCCCUUUGUCCCUCUGAUGGUGUCGGCAGGGAGGAAUGCGGGAACUUCGGACGCCAACCGGUGGCCCCGCCAUCAGCGGCAACGGUGGCAGGAGCGGCGGAAGCCGACACGGCGGUAGAGUUGCUUUCGGCCCGGGGUUUUGCCAAGAAUUUGCCAUCCACAAACCCCUCCAGCGCUGAGGCGAAGCCAGCCGAGGCUGCUUCUGCGCGUGCUGGUGAGGAGGUUGCCUCGUCUUCGAAAUCUUCUGCUGCUGCCGGUGCUGAGGUUAGCGCGUCUUUAGAACGUGGUAUUGCGGGUGGUGCUGCUGCUGAGGUUGCCUCGUCUUCGAAACCUUCUGCUGCUGCCGGUGCUGAGGUUGCCUUGACUUCGAAACCUGCUGGUGCUGCUGCUGCCGGUUCCUUCCUUGUUGCUAUCGCGGAUCUCCGGGCAGAAGCUGCUGCUGUUGGAGAACGCAAUACCAUGGAUAUACCAGACAUCGGAGAGACCACCGCACAAGCGAGCAGCACCGACCCCGGCGACCCAGCAGCACCCAUUCCAGCCGUCGUUCCCGGCGCCGUUCCGAGGACAGAUGAUGAAACCACUACUCCGGGACCAUCCAACACGACUUCUAGCUCAGUGUCUCCCACGCGGAAAGAAAAAAAACGCCUCCGUUCUCCGUUCCCUCGACCGCCGGAGGGCCGCCUUGCAAGCGAGGACGAUGUCGGGAGCGGUGGCGGUAAGAGAGGCUUGUUGGAGGCCGGUGAAAGCGAGGGUAGCCGCGUGACCGAAGAGGGGGAAAGCGGGCGGAAUCGAGCGGUGUUGAGCCCUGACGGAGGCGGUCGGUCGGGCAAAGGGAAGAAGAAGGUGGAGGGAGAGCAUGGGCGGGAGGGGGAGGGGAAAGAGGAGGAAGAGGGAGAGGAGGAAGAGGAGGAGGACGAAGGAGAGCACGAGGAGAAAAUUGAAGAGGGAGAGCAGGACGAGGAAGUGGGAAAGAAGGAAUUGGAAGAGGAAGAGAAGGAAAAUGAAAGCGGCAGUCGUGCGGGGAAAAUAUCUCCAACACCUCACGUAGGCGAUGGCGAGCGGCCCGUCGCAAAGGUUGCUUCUUCCGCGUCAGCCGAUUCUGCGGUUGUUGACGCCGCCACCAGCGCGAUCGUCAGCGAUAGCGAGGUGGCCAGUGCGGCCGUGCAGCUGCUCGCCGACCGCAUCCGCGCCGAAAGCGAACGCACGGUGCGGUUGAGGGCAAUCGCGGCCAGCCUAGCUGCUGAGCUCUGGCAUACCGGAGCGAGUGGUACUAGCAGUGGUGGAGCAAUCGGUCCCGGAAAUCCCGUGCAGGCCGCAGCAGCGGUAGGGCAAGGCAACCAAGGCAACCAAGAAGACGAAGACGGAGACGGCGACGGGUAUUCCAAAGAUCCCGAGGAGGCCAGGUACUCGGAGGGGCUGAAAGCUCUUGUGCGGGAGCAAGAGAAGAGGAACCGAGGCGGGAGUCUUCCGGCGGCGUUCGUGAGCAACCCUGGAGGGGGAGGAGGACCGGCCGCGUCCCAAAAUUCGCGCGAAUCUUCGCGGGCUGCUAGGCUACAGGCGGCACUGACUGCGUCCGCCGAAGCCGCUGCCAAGCGCAGGCGGUCGGGAAUCGCCGUCCCGCCGGGGGGAGUUCUAGAGAUCCACGCGCGUCCGGGGCUGGCCGGUAGACGCGGCGGGUGGGACUCAGGGAGAGAGCCUUGGCGCGGAGGGAGGGCCGGCGGCAAGGCUCGGGCGGUCUCCGGUCUCCGGAAGCUAGGUAAGCAGCUGCUCAAGAAGCGCUGGGUGGAGAAGUUCGAGUUCAGAAGCCGCGCCAAGGUUCCGAUUAUCGCCAUGCUGGAUGCGAGAGGGGGUGUUGAUUGCGACGUAAGCUGGGCUGGGGACGGGGGAGGGGGUGACUGCUGGGAAGACCCCGCCGAAGCGCCCGGUCCGACAUACUUCGCCAAGAUGUUUCCGGGAACGUUCCGCCCCCUGGCUUUGAUCCUCAAGGUUUUCAUGCGCCAGAGAGGCCUGGAUAAGCCCUUCACCGGAGGGGUUGGGUCGUUCAAGCUUUACGCUCUCAUCGCGUCACACCUUCAGGCUUGUGGCUGCGAGAGAGCGCAGCAGCAGCCGCGCGACCUGGGACACCUCCUCUUGGGCUUCUUCCGUCGCUACUCGUACACCUCGAAGGAAAGGCUCGCGCCAACGACUGUCCUGCGUGUCAAGGAUCUUACUGUUGAUCUCGGUUCGGCCUACAGAGCCAUGGCAGCUUCGAAAGACUUUGCCAAGGCGGCUCAAGCGCUGUCCUUAGCCAUCGCCGAAGAGGCUAGCAGCUCCAAGAACAGAGGUCUGAGCGCCGAAGGCAAAGGCACUGCCGCCUGCAGCAACCGUAACCCCAAGAGGCCCAAAAUGAACCAUUCCGAGAGCAAAAUCGCGAACCUGACGCCGCCGGCGCAAGCCACUGUGCCCGUCGGCGGAGGAACAACGGAAGGAAAUGCAGCCGCCCGUGACGCACAACAGUCGACGUCGGUUACCACGGGUUCAGGCCGCUCGAAACGUUUAACGCCCGUGGCGGCAACCGGUGUUGGUCUUCACGACGAUGGCAGCUUUGUUCUUGGUUGUGGUGAUGAUGACGAUGGUCGACAUGUCGGUUUGUCCGGAAGCCUGUUCAGCAGCAACAGGCCCCUCGAAGACGGCUCGGGCUUCGCGUUGGCCGUAGGUGUCGGUGAUGGGCGAGGAGAAACGAGUGGCUGCGGCGGUGCCCAUGGGAACGCCGAUCUAGACUACGAUCAACCCAGAGACGGAGAGGUUGACGCCAGCGGAAGCCGACAGCACGGCCAACCCUCCUUCAGAGACGGGGCAUCCAAGGACGGGAGCAUCAGAAGCAGCGACCAUCUUCGAGACGGCACCAAAGACCGUUCAGAAUCACAACUUCGAAAUGGCAGCUCUGAAGCACGCUCCGAAUCGCAGCACCAGCAAGUGGAGCACGCCGCUCAGCCUAUUAGACGCCGAUCGAUCCUGGGAAGGGUCAUCUGGGGGUCGGACCUUCGCCGCGAGAGGGAAAGCAGGCUUGUUGCUGUAGGCAGCGGGAAGGCGUCUCCGCGUCCCGCAAGCCCCGAACCAGGUUGGCAUGUCAAGCUUGAGGCGUCUUCACACCCCGGUGGCGAAGGCCAGCCAGACAAACAACCCCUGGAAACGUGCCCAGGUGCAAAGCCCUGCUGGGGGCACGGGUCUAACAGCGGUGGGCUGUUCGAGGCCAGUUCGGACGCCAAAGGAAGUGGCGGCGGUGGCAGUAGUGGUGGGCGUUUGGUGCAACAACAAAAGCAACAACCCAAAAAGAAAAAGCCCAAGGCAAAGAAGGUGGAUAAGGUGCAGAAAAAGAAGACGACGGUGAAGAAAGCGGUGAAGAAGAACGCGAAGAAGACGGUGAAGAAGACGACAAAGAAGAUGAAGGAGGGGAAGAAAGGAAAUUCGUCAAAUGCCCUGUCGCACAACAGCAGCAAUGGAAGCACCAAGGAGAAGAGGAAGAGGGCCUCAAGCGACCAGGACACUAUUAGCGGAAGCACGAAACAGCAACCGAAGAAAGCAAAGUCGGAAGGGAAAAAAAGACGCUGCGACAAGGGGUAAUGUUUAGGAGAAGGAUGGGGUUACGGAGAGACUGCUGCGUUCAGGAGCGCGAGCCUUUGGCCGAAGCGUUACUUGCGUCAAGACACCACAAGGUCAGCGGCGGCCGUAGCGCCUGCAUGUUUAGAGUAUGCCUUGCCCCGUGUCGGUGUGUCGCUGCAGACUGUUUGCACUGCUAGCGUCUCUUUCUAUGCGAGCGGUAGGUCGUGUGGGCUUCGCUGUGCUUGAUUACAGAGUAUGUUUGUGUCGUUUCGCUUGUUGAAGCAAUGGUACAUUCUAGGUGGUGCUUCUGCUGUUGGACCGACACGGCCUCUCUAUUUCGCCAGCUGUCGAAGAUGGCGUCGUCCAGUCUCCGCGAUCAGCUCACGCAGUUUGUUGUGAAGAUCAGGGAUGCACCAGAACAAUAUCGAAGGAAAAGUUUUCUGGG